GCCGAGAAACCAUCAUAACGGCUAAGAAAACAUUUGAAUUUCAAAGACCUAAACCCCUCUCUCUAUAUCUCACUCUCUUCACAUCACUUUCUCUCUCGCAACGCAACUCAAUCCACAACAAUGGCUUCACUAACACCAGGAAUAAUCCUCAAACUACUACAAGCAAUGAACUCCGACACACGUGUCACCGGCGACCAUCGUUCCCCUCUUUUACAACUCAUCGGAAUUGUCCCAGCCUUAGCCGGCACCGAUCUCUUCUCCAACCAAGGCUUUUACCUCAACCUCUCCGAUUCACUUAAUUCAACCUACGUCCUUCUCUCUCACCCUGACACUGACCUAAUUCUCUCUAACCGUCUUCAAUUAGGUCAAUUCCUCUACGUCGAUCGUUUCCAUUUCAACAAUCCUCUUCCCACUGUUUCCAAUAUUCGUCCCCUUUCUACUCGUCAUCCCUUUUUAGGAACCCCUGAACCCUUGGUCGCUCGAAUUUCAUCUUCCUCUAGGCAUUUUACUAUUCAACCUCUCUCCGAUUCUGACGAUCCUCUUUCUCUUUAUCUCUCACAACCUUCCAAUCAACAACAACAGCACCAACAAGUGCAAUCGAAUAAUUCAAGACAGCCUCUUGCUCCGAGAGAUAAUUUACCUGUUCCGCAGAGGUUUUCUUCUCCGGCCACUGCAAAGAGGUCACAGUCCGCCGGGAAAUUUAAUAAGAUUUCUGCUGAGAGAGAUCCUUCUCCGGCGGGAAAGGGGAAGAGAUCUUCUUCCCCGGUGCCAUCCAAAUGUGUGGUUCCGAGUUUGGUUUCGGCUCGGGAGGAGAAUCGGAAGGUUUCACGGGAGGCUGCUAUUAUUGUUCCGUCGAGGUAUCGACAGCCGUCUCCAACUGCCAGGAAGCAGCCUUCGCCGAAUCCUAGAAGAGCUUCGAUUUCUCCGGGGAGAAGGUUGUCUGGUGGUUUGAAGUUUUCACCCGUUGUAGUUGAUUCGUCGGCUAAGAAGAAGAUGGUGGCUGGGAUUUCUAGGGUUUCUGAUGCGUUGGUUGGGUCUACGAAGACGACAAGGAAGAAUUGGGAUGAACUAAAUGUUGAAGGUGAAUCUAAGGAAAAGGGUACUGCGUCUAGAAAUAGGGUUGAUUCUCAAUCAAUCUUGCGUACUCAGGCUGCAAUGUCAAGGAGAUUGAGUGAUGUGAAAGGUCAAAAAUUUGAUGACAAUGAAUCUUCUACUGAUGAGAAUACUAAAGUCUGUUCUCCUCAAAGUUGUUCGAAGUCAGAGAAAUCCAAGUUUGCUGGUCUUGGUAUUACAAUUCAUGAGAAGAAAUGGACUGAUGGAAGUGUUCCUCUUGAUGCAGUACCUGCCAACCUUGAAAGGCUCGGAAAGGAGGCAAUGCAAAGGAAAGCUCUUGCUUCUGCAGCUGCUGCUGCAGCAUUAGAGGAGGCCAAUGCUACUGAAUGUAUAAUAAGAAAUUUAAGCAUGUUUUCAGACCUCUGUUCUGUGUGCAAAGCCAAAAAUCCUUUGCCAACCAUAGACAGGUUUUUUACAAUCUAUGAGGAUGUACUAAAAUCAACUGCAAUGGCUGAAACUGUUGCUAAUAGUCACAAUAUCGAGAAACCCAAUGACAGCAUUCCAACAGAGCAAUCAAAAUCACUCUCUCUUUGGGUUGAAGCUGCUUUGGCCACUGAUCUUCAGAUAGUAUCUCUUCUUACUGAAACCGGUGCAGAUACUACUCCAUCAGCUCUUCAGAAAAGCCUGUCAAAACGACACUCUCUUAACGCAACUAAGUAUAAUUUGAAAGUCUUUUCAUCUCCAACAUCCAGUCCAAGUGAUGGUGUGUGGACAAAAGGUAGUGGAAUGAAAGAGACAGUGGAGCUUGGAACAAGUUUGCUGUCAGAAAUGCAAAUAUGGUUUCUACGUUUUGUGGAAGAGUCCCUUGAAGCAGGAUUUAAAGUGUUUGGAGAUUGUGCAAGUGAUGGCAAGAAAACAUUGCCUCUGGAUGGUGGCUCCAUUGCUAUUGUUUUAUCACAUUUGAAACGGGUAAAUGCAUGGUUGGACCGCAUUGUUUCUAAAGGGAAUCACUCACUGGCUGAUAAGAUUGAAAAAUUGAAGAGAAAGAUCUAUGGUUUUGUUAUCCAGCAUGUAGGAUCAUCUUUUGAUAAUUCAACAUCACCUAUUUCAUCCUGAUUUUCUUGUUUUGUUUUUUCAUUUAAGUUUGGAUGUUGAAGUUGUGAUGAAAGGAAGAACUUCUUCUGUCAUCAAAUAUACUGUUAUGCAUGCAAGGCAAGUGAUUAUGGAAUCACUGUAAAUUCGAGUAUGAUUAAUGAUUAUUGCAUUGUUAACCAUAAUACUAUCUGUUAAAUUUAAACUUUAAAGUUGUUUUA